GGCAUUUUCCCGGCAUGCUCCGCGGUGGAGGGAGGGAGGCGCGGAGCAGGUAGAGUGCGCUGCUGUGUCAGAGCCUCGGAGAGGAGCAUCUCUGCGCGGCAGUGUGACCUCAGCCAAGGAGCUGUGCAGCCCUUACCUCCUACAUCAAGCCCCAGGCACCAUGAACUACCUGCGCAGGCGUCUGUCCGACAGUAGCUUCGUGGCAAACCUGCCCAGUGGCUACAUGUCGGACCUGCAGCGGCCGUCAAGCCCCUCCAGCUCACCAGCGUCCCCCGCCUCACAGCGACGGGCCCAGCAGCACUCUGCCCCGGCCUCCUCGUCCGCCUCCUCCUCCGGUGGCUUCCUCAGCUCUUUCUCCAGCGUGGUGAGGAAUGCCCAGAACGCCACCCUGGGGCAGACGGAGACCCCCCAGCCGGCCCCCAUGCCAGCGCUCGUCCCGAUGCCAGCGUGUCCGGUACCCGUGGUACGCAAGCCCAGGGUGCUGCUGGUUAUCGGAGAGCUGCACACAGACUGGGCAAAGUACUUCCGUGGAAAAAAGCUCAACGGGACGUGCGAGAUCCGCAUGGAACAGGCUGAAUUCUCUGAGAUAAGCAUCUCAUCCAACGUCAGUGGCGGCUGCACUAUCGACAUGCAGGUCUCGAGGGGCGGCACCAGAGUGGUCAGGUCUUUCAAACCAGACUUUGUUCUGAUUCGCCAGCAUGCCUAUAGCAUGACCCCCGGUGAGGACUUCCGGAGCCACGUAAUUGGCCUGCAGUUCGGGGGUGUCCCCAGUGUCAACUCCCUCUUUUCCAUAUACAACUUCUGCAGCAAGCCAUGGGUGUUUUCACAGAUGAUCAGGCUCUACCGCUCGCUGGGCCCUGAGAAGUUCCCUCUGAAUGAGCAGACCUUCUACCCAAGUCACAGCCAGAUGGUGUCAAUGCCCCUCCUCCCAGCGGUGGUGAAGAUGGGUCACGCCCAUGCUGGCGUGGGAAAGAUAAAAGUUGAGAAUCACAAUGACUUCCAGGACAUCACCAGCGUGGUCGCGUUGGCGAGAACUUAUGCAACUUCCGAGCCAUAUAUCGACUCUAAAUAUGACAUCAGGAUCCAGAAAAUCGGCAGCAAUUACAAAGCCUACAUGAGAACAUCAAUCUCAGGCAACUGGAAGGCAAACACCGGUUCUGCUAUGCUGGAACAGAUAGCUAUGACAGAGAGGUAUCGUCUUUGGGUGGAUUCCUGCGCUGAGAUGUUUGGAGGUCUCGACAUCUGCGCCGUGAAGGCCGUCCAUGGGAAGGAUGGCAGAGACUACAUCAUCGAGGUGAUGGAUAGCUCCAUGCCCUUGGUCGGGGAGCACGUGGAGGAAGACAGGCGGCUCAUUGCGGACCUGGUGCUUGAGAAGAUGGCCUCGGCGCUCAUAGGCUCCUCACUGGUGUCGUCCGCUCCAGAUAAGGUCCAGACCCAGCCGGGAGCACAGACAGCUCAACCGAGGAGAACCCAAGGUGGUCCGCGGUCAGCCUCCACGUCACCGUGCCAAUCGAACCAGGGAUCCCCUAAGCGUGCGCGCUCCGCCACCACAUCCCCCAACCAGGCCUUUCAGCCUGGCCCUCUGCCUGCCUGCUCCCAGAAGCAGCCGCUUCAGCUCAACAAGUCGCAGUCACUGACCAACACGCUGAGCACCAGGGACACGUCCCGCAGCAGCGGUGGCAGCGCCAGUGACGACGAGGCCAAGGCAGAGAGCAUCCGGAGCCUGCGCCAGUCCUUCGCAAGCCUCUUCUCAGACUAGCGCACGCCGGGGAGGAUCCUCGUCAGCGGCUCCCGUCCUGCUCUUCUGCUCACAUUCUUUGUUUGUUCAUUUUCGUGUGUAUUCAUCACGGCACUUCUCACACACUAGUGGUGUUUUUCUACAUUCGUAAGGCACUAGGCUGGAGCUGGGAUUCACACUGAACUUCCUGUCACGUCUCAGAGCACCACAAAGCAAUAUUCUGGAUGAUGACCAUUUCACACUUUGAGCCUUUUCCUAAAAAUUCUGAAUUAUGAUGUCACUUUGUCACAGUGUUGGAGGUUCGAACCUGGCCAGAUGGCCGACUCGGUGUCCUCGCAGCGCACACACUUUACGGAGUGUGUUGUUCUGUCUGCCGUCUUCCCACUUUGACAUAUCCACUUUGGAUCCUCCUAGAGCUGUCUGGACAUAGCUGGAUGCUUCUCACAGGUGAUACUGAAUACGGGGCCCCUGACCUUCUGCUGCAGAAUUUUCAGUAACUACAUAAGUGUCAAACUGAAUGGAAGCUAUUUCCAUUUUUUUAUCAGAAACAAUUUAUCGUGAGUUUCACUGAACUCAUUGUCAGUAAUUCAUAAGUGUAUGGUGUCUUACAUAAGAAAUUCAUCAGUGUGUGUGCAGAUUGAGCUAAAUAUGCUUUAAUGGGUCAGCAUCCGUUGAUAAAUAACAGACAGUAACGCCACUGAAACACUGAAGCGUUUGCAGAGUAACAAUUUCAUAGAAAAAUCCAGCGACGUGUCUAUUGGUCUUGUGCUUCCUCACAAAUGACCUUUUGCACCAAUUCUAAUUUCUUUCAGACAUACCUACAACAUACAUUUGAACAUAUAAAUCUUGUUGAUCAGUCUUAAAAAUGUGUCCUAACUGCCCUACCCGGUCCUAUUUGCUUGACCCUAGUCUGUGAUAUAAUAAUUCUGUAGCGUUUGGCAUGUUUAACAUUCUGCUUCUCCACCAGUCGUUAGAUUACAAUAUAACCGUUUAUGGGGGGGAGGGGAGAGACACAGAAGCUCGCAAAUGUUUAAAAGCAGUUCUGAACAUGUGGGCCUUAAGCC